AGAUAGGGACCCAUAGUCCACAACAACAGCUGAUUUUCGGUGGCAAAACUUGUAACACUGCUAAUAUAAAUACAAACCUUUCCAAUACUGCAAACUUCACAACAAGUUCCACUUCAAAUACAAAAACUUAAUUCACUCUCCAAUCAAAACCACCAAAGUUAAUCGACUUUCAAAAUCAACAAAACAUGGGUAUUCGUUUGCCAUCAAUUAUUUCCAGUGUGAAGCAAUUUCACAAAUUGCAGUCUGUGGUUACUCGGAAUCAAAUAUCCGAUGUACCAAAAGGACAUUUUGCAGUUUACGUAGGAGAAACAGAGAUGAAACGAUAUGUGGUUCCUAUUUCAUACUUAAAUCACACUUCCUUCCAGGAAUUGCUUCAGAAAUCAGAGGAAGAAUUCGGGUUUCAACAUCCAAUGGGCGGUCUCACGAUACCCUGCAACGAAGAUGCGUUUUUUCAUGUCACUUCUCGAUUAAACACUUGUUUAUGAUAUGAAGCAGCAGCAUUAUAUAUUCUACAGACUAGAUUAGCUAGAGCUUACAAAAUUUUUAAUUUUCUCGUUGAUUUUUUUUUUCCUCUUGCCACACAAGAGAUGUAAACUUAAUUAUAUAUAGACAA